CCGCGAACAGCAGCUUGUUGCCAUGGGAGACUUCCAAACGGAGAAACCAAGUCACUUCUGGUGGUUUUGCUAGCUGUGUUAGCUGCUGUGUUUUUGCCACCAUGGCCGAGCAGACGGCCUCAAUGAAAACCAACAUCGGAAAAUGUCUCCAGCAGCACAGCUGGAUGCAGGAGAGAGCAGUUGCCUCUCCGGACAUCGAGGACCCAAAGAAGAUUCACGGACACAAAGGGAUGUUCACAACAGACCAGCGGUGUAAAAUGGACACUUUAACCACGUACAAAGCUACUCAUGUUCCUCUGAUGGGUCCUGGAGUGAGGCUGAGGGGCAUCAGAAGGGAGCUGCUGGAGAAACAUAUUACCCAGGUGAUAAGGGAGAAGAUUCACAAUGAACAGAGUCCACCACCACCUGAAGCAGACUACAGCUCCACAACCCAGAAGGAUUUCUGUGUCCCAGGGUUUGUUCCCAGCAGACCAAAGUCAACACGAGUUCAUGAUUACAAACGUGAGCAGGCCAUAACAUUCUGGAGUGAAAACUGCCAGCAGAUACAGGGUGUAACACCUAUCCGCAAGCUGAACGCACCUUUCAGGAAGUCUGCGCUUUUCAGCACCCCUAUCAGUGAACGCCUGGAUGAAGAGGACCUGCCGCCAGACAACUGAGUCACUUCCAUCACUUCAUUACUAGCAGCUGUAAAACAGGUGCUAAACUCGUGUAAUUAAAGACCAUCUGUUUUGGCUUCAUCUGCAGCCUCCUCCCACCUGGAUUUAAACUAGAAAAUACAUACUGUACCUACACUGAAAACAGCAUUUUACAAGUAUAACCAGAGUAAAGAACAUACUUUUCAACUAUCA